AUGGAGGACCGGUCCGAGAUCGUAUCGCGAAAUCCCUUACCACGACCACCCAUUCGCCCAAACGAAGUCUUCGUUACCAGGAGAGUACCGACUGUUGUAUACCUCAAGCGCUGUGUAAAGCUUUUAAGAGGGCCUUAUGCAAAGGUUAUUAUUCGAGGGGCAGGCAGCUGCAUAGAGACGGCCAUCUACGUAGCACAGGACGUUGUAGCUGCUUUUGGGGGCAUGGUAACCUACAGCUGCACAAGGCAGCUUGUGCCAACUGCAGCAGCAACAUCGGGAGCGGUAGAAGCGGUGGCGAGUGAAGCAUCAGCAAAGGUUUUGAAAGGGGAUGCAUUUGAGCAAGAGGCAAACGCCAAGUUCGCUGCUGCUGCUACCAGCCUAGCAGCACUUGAGAAAAGCAGCUCCGCUGCUCUUGUGUCGGUGAGUGCUGAGGCAUCCAGUGCGGAGGCCUAUGACGAGGUCAUAUCUCUCGAAAAAGGAAACAGCAGCUCGAAGGAAGCGGCGCUCGAGGCAGCAGGAAUACAACAGGAGCUCAGCUCCUUCGUCAGACAGCGUUUCAUCAGCGCUAUCAUGAUAGAGCUUCAGCGAUUAUCCCCGCCGCCUCAGUAA